UAUGUAUUUUUUACGAAGCCUUGCGAAGUUCGUCUCCCCCAUUGAAAGCCCCCCAGAUUUUGACUUUGGUGAGUUGCUGCAGCAAUCCGUGGCUUGUGAGCACUGGGGAUUCGAAGUUGGCGCAGACGUCGGCGAUCCGGAAGAGCCGACCGAGGUCGAGGGCGGAUCCGAGAUGGCGCAGACUGGCGGCUCUCCUGGAGUUAAAGGCAGCAACGAGUGCAAGGCGGAAGCAGAUGAAGCGGGUGAAAGGGACCCUGAGCUUGAUGUCAGCCGCUCUCACCGACGCCGUCACGCGAAGCAUAACAGGAUCAUCGCUGCCGAAGGUCAUCAAAUCCACCCUGAAGCAAAAGCACGCAUUUUUGCAGCCAGCGAGCCCAUACCCACCGACUUGAACCUUGAAAGGUUGCCCGCCACCUCUUGCGGCUAUCGGGCCACGAAUUACAAGCGCUGUGCCGGGGAUGAGAUUGGAAGCCUUGAGGAGCUGUUGGAUGGCGGAUUUCGACUCAUUGCUUGGGAUGGGUGUGGAAUAAGGUCCUUUGAGGAUGCAAAUGGGAAGACUUUCGGGGCACUGGUGGGGCAGCCCGAUGAUCCCUCCUACCGCCAAGCAUGCGAAGAGGUCUACCAGCUCUUUCUUGAGCUAGGUCAGACGCCCGAAUUUCAAAGCGGAGUCCUCAAGAACACCCGUGGCCGCUUUCCCAUCUUGAAUGUCGGCUACACCCAUGGGAAGGGCACUGAGGCCCCAGUAAACCUCCACGAACCAAAGAACGGACGACCAAGCAAGCACUCUGCCCAUGCAGAGGCGCUGCGCAGCAACAAGUCCCUCGAGAGGAUUGCAACCUUUGCCAGCGCGGCUCUAAAUAUAUGGGCUCCGAAGCUGUUUGCCUAUUGCGAGAAGCACCUCAGCAAGCUUCGCAAAUUUGCCCCGCAUCUUCGGCCCAACUUCCCAAAAAGCAUAUUCCCCUGCAUGGCUGUAAAUUGCGGCCCAAAAGCAUGGACCCAGAAGCAUCGCGACAGCAUGAAUUUGCCAUUCGGACUUUGCGCCAUCACUGUGCUGGGCCACUUCAAUCCGAAGCACAGUGGGCACAUGGCUCUUCCAGAUCUUAAGCUCGUCAUCGAGUUCCCCCCUUGCUCCACUAUGAUCCUCCCUUCUUUGACGAUAGUUCAUGGAAACAUCCCCAUUCAGCCUGGUGAGAUGCGUGCAUUGUUCACCCAAUUCUUCCCCAGUGGCCUCUUUCGCUAUGUGGACAAUGGCUUCAUGACUGAGGAAGCCCUCAAAGAAACAAAUAAAAAGGAGUACGAAAGGAUUUGCCAGGAGAAAACCACUCGCUGGAAGAUGGGCCUGGGCCUCUUCAGCACAAGGUCUGAGCUUGAAGAAUCCAGCAGCGAGGGCCAGGAAGUCAGUUUCACAUCCUCCAGCGAAUCCUUUCUCAAGUCAUUUCUUCUCUG